GCGCACUGCUUAUUUCCCGCUGUCAGGAUGAGGAGGCGGAGGUCGGCGCUCGGGUCCGUCUCUGCCCGCGGCUGUGGCGGCACCGGCGGCUCCAGCCUUAGCGGUUCCUCCCAGGGCGCUGGCGGCGGCGGCUUGGUCGACGCCUCUUCCGCCAGCUGAUCCCGCGGCAGCGCUGGACGCCGCUUCCCCGCCCAUCCCCGUUCCCCGAGGCCGGCCACCUGGCCAUGGCGCAGCCGGGCCCGGCUCCUCAGCCUGACGUUUCACUUCAGCAACGGGUGGCAGAAUUGGAAAAAAUUAAUGCAGAAUAUUUACGUGCACAGCAGCAGCUUGAGCAAGAAUUUAAUCAAAAGAGAGCAAAAUUUAAGGAGCUGUAUUUGGCUAAAGAGGAGGAUCUAAAGAGGCAAAAUGCAGUGUUGCAAGCCGCACAAGAUGAUUUAGGACACCUUCGGACUCAGCUCUGGGAAGCCCAAGCAGAGAUGGAGAAUAUUAAGGCCAUUGCCACAGUGUCUGAGAAUACCAAGCAAGAAGCUAUAGAUGAAGUGAAAAGACAGUGGAGAGAAGAAGUUGCUUCACUUCAGGCUGUGAUGAAAGAAACAGUUCGUGACUAUGAGCAUCAGUUCCACCUUAGGCUGGAGCAGGAGCGAACACAGUGGGCACAGUAUCGAGAAUCUGCAGAGAGGGAAAUAGCUGAUUUAAGGCGAAGGCUUUCUGAAGGUCAAGAGGAGGAAAAUUUAGAAAAUGAAAUGAAAAAGGCCCAAGAGGAUGCUGAAAAACUUCGGUCUGUUGUGAUGCCCAUGGAGAAGGAAAUUGCAGCUUUGAAAGAUAAACUGACAGAGGCUGAAGACAAGAUUAAAGAGCUGGAGGCCUCAAAGGUUAAAGAACUGAAUCAUUAUUUGGAAGCUGAAAAGUCUUGUAGGACUGAUCUAGAGAUGUAUGUAGCUGUUUUGAAUACUCAGAAAUCUGUUUUACAGGAAGAUGCUGAGAAACUGCGGAAAGAAUUGCAUGAAGUUUGCCAUCUCUUGGAGCAAGAGCGACAACAGCACAACCAAUUAAAACAUACAUGGCAGAAGGCCAAUGACCAGUUUUUGGAAUCUCAACGUUUGCUGAUGAGGGACAUGCAGCGAAUGGAGAUUGUCCUAACUUCAGAACAACUCCGACAAGUUGAAGAAUUGAAGAAGAAAGAUCAGGAGGAAGAUGAACACCAAAGACUUAAUAAGAGAAAGGAUCACAAAAAACUGGAUGUUGAAGAAGAAGUAAAAAUACCAGUAGUGUGUGCUUUAACUCAUGAAGAAUCUAUAGCCCAGUUGUCAAAUGAAGAGGAACAUUUAGAUAGUACCCAUGGUUCAGUCCAUUCCUUAGAUGCAGACUUACUAUUGCCAUCUGGAGACCCAUUCAGUAAAUCGGACAAUGACAUGUUUAAAGACGGACUCAGGAGAGCACAGUCUACAGACAGCUUGGGAACCUCGGGCUCACUGCAAUCCAAAGCUUUAGGCUAUAACUACAAAGCAAAAUCUGCUGGAAACCUGGACGAAUCAGAUUUUGGACCAUUGGUUGGAGCAGAUUCAGUGUCUGAGAACUUUGAUACUGCUUCCCUUGGGUCACUGCAAAUGCCAAGUGGUUUUAUGUUAACCAAAGAUCAGGAAAGAGCAAUCAAGGCGAUGACACCAGAACAAGAAGAGACAGCGUCCCUCCUCUCCAGUGUCACACAGGGUGUGGAAAGUGCUUACAUGUCCCCCAGUGGUUACCGCUUAGUCAGUGAGACAGAAUGGAACCUCCUACAAAAAGAGGUACAUAAUGCUGGGAAUAAACUUGGUAGACGUUGUGAUAUGUGUUCCAAUUAUGAAAAACAGUUACAAGGAAUUCAAAUUCAGGAGGCUGAAACAAGAGAUCAGGUGAAAAAACUGCAGGUGAUGCUGAGGCAAGCCAAUGACCAACUAGAGAAGACAAUGAAAGAUAAGCAGGAACUGGAAGACUUUAUAAAGCAGAGCGCUGAAGACUCAAGUCAUCAGAUCUCUGCACUUGCCCAAAGAGCCCAAGCAUCUGAGAUCUUACUUGAGGAGUUACAACAGAGGUUUUCCCAAGCAAAGAGGGAUGUUCAGGAGCAGAUGGCAGUGCUGAUGCAGUCACGGGAACAGGUUUCAGAAGAGCUGGUGAGGUUACAAAAAGAUAAUGACAGUCUUCAGGGAAAGCAUAGCUUGCAUGUUUCCUUACAGCAAGCAGAAGACUUCAUUCUCCCGGAAACUAUAGAGGCACUUCGGGAGUUGGUAUUAAAAUACCGUGAGAACAUCAUUCAUGUUCGGACAGCAGCAGACCACAUGGAAGAAAAGUUGAAGGCUGAAAUACUUUUCCUAAAAGAGCAGAUUCAAGCAGAACAGUGUUUAAAAGAAAACCUUGAGGAAACUCUACAGCUGGAAAUAGAAAAUUGCAAGGAAGAAAUAGCCUCCAUUUCUAGCCUAAAAGCUGAAUUAGAAAGAAUAAAAGUGGAAAAAGGACUGUUGGAGUCUACAUUGAGAGAGAAGUCUCAACAGCUUGACGGUCUUCAGGAGAUAAAAAUCACUUUGGAGGAACAGUUAAAAAAAGAGACUACUGCUAAGGUUACCAUUGAACAGCUCAUGUUUGAAGAGAAGAACAAAGCUCAAAGGUUGCAGACAGAACUAGAUGUCAGUGAGCAAGUCCAGAGAGAUUUUGUGAAGCUUUCUCAGACCCUUCAGGUGCAGUUAGAGCGCAUCCGGCAAGCAGACUCCUUGGAGAGAAUCCGGGCAAUUCUCAAUGACACCAAACUGACAGAUAUUAACCAGCUCCCUGAAACAUGACACCCUGAUAGCAGGACUCUAGCCUGCACUUUGGAUUUUUAACUCAUCUUUAGAGCAACAUUAAUUAUUAUUUAACUCUUAACUGAAGAAGCAGGAGUCACAAAUAAGGGAAGACUGGAGAAAUGCUUAUUUCUAGUGGAAGAAUGUGCAGCACAGGAACAGCGAACAGUUGGAGUAACUUGCAUCAAAAAGACCUUUCCAUUGGGAACACUAAUGAGACUCCAGUCUCAGUCCAGCAGGUGUGGGAUGAGGUUUGGUGGAGAAAGUGCUGUUUCCUUGCCUGCUUUGUCCAACUCCCUACCCUAAUGCAGCAUCCUCAUAUAAGUGUUUGGUAUUUUUUGUUCUUAGGUAUUGGGAGAACUUUUUCUGUUGACUAGAGUUCAUCAGUAACAGUAUUCAGCUAGCAGAGGUGUAGUAUGCUGUAUGACUAUUUUAUAUUAAAAUAUGAAGUUUGAGAGCAGGCCAUUGGCUAAUGACUGUAUUUCCUAGCUCAGUGCUUUUCAUUUUUUACCAUUUUAUCUUGACAUGGAGGACCUUAGAUGCUACUGAAACUUUCCUGAGACACACAAGACAAUGGCAAACAAGCAAUUCAAGAACUGAAUUAAUUGUGAGAAUCUGAAGACAUGGCUGGGCUUUUGUUGAGAUUAAAGGAAAAGCACAAGAAGCUGUUUGGAAGCACUUUUUCUGCUACCUGGAUGAUUUUUGUGGGCCCACAGGUACCAGAGUCAAACUUAACUGGCACCAUCUACUCUUAUUCGAUCAGUGGAAAAAUAACAUUAAUAAGCUAAGCUAUGUCUGGGAACAUCUAGUAUAAAUUUUUAAAUCUUAUUUUCAUCUCAAAUCAGAGGGCCUAAUACUAGUUUCAAACAACAAAUGCUAACUAGAUUUGACGGAUACUGGUUUUGUAUUUUUCUUUUAUAAUUUAGACCUGGGUUGUGAUGCUUACUGUGAGGUUGUGGAAAACCCAGUUGGUAUAUUCAUCACUUUGGAAAUUGCUUUGUAAUUUCCGUGAGUUUAGAUUGUUUUUCCAAUGUAGGAAAAGUCUCAGUGAGCGGGUUACUUUUGCCGUAGCCUUAUGAAGUGUUGCAGAAAGCACAAAGAACGGAUUCAGGUUCACGCGCUACCUGCUGCAGUACUCAGUAGAAGGCUAUACUGACUUCAUACAGGUGGCUCAAGAGCAGAAUUAGUAUCACACCUUUUGAUACUGGUGUGGCACAUCAGCAGGGUACUCGAAGGAACUCUAUGGGAAUUAAGUGGAUAAGAAAGAUCAGUUUAUGGAAAGCCACCAUUAACUUAGAAUUUAACGUGAAUUGUUUUUGUUAUAAAUGAAAUCGUAAUGGACUAGCCCCAACGAUCUUUAUUUAUGUCUUCCACAGAAAAAGUGAUAAGGACUACAUACCUCAUCCCUCGGGUUACUGUUGUAGUCUUGCAUUCAUGAUUAUGAAUUUAAAACUAAUAAUGAAAAUAACGCUUAUAGGCUUGGCAUGCAUGAAACAUUUUAAUUGGUUUAAAGUCCCUUUGUAUAAAGUGCUACUUGGUUUAGAUAGAGGAAAUAUAUAUCCUCAUUGAGUUACAGGGAAUUUUAUUCCAAAAUGCAGUCAAUUUAAAUUAUAUAUGUGUAAGACUAGUCCCCUUAGAUUAUCCACCAAGCUAAUUUGUUUUAGGUUAUUAAAAUUGGCACUUUAAAAACAGGAUGGGUCAUUCAUAAUCUUCCUGAACUGAAACUAUAUAUAUAUAUAGCUCCUGGGAACUUGGUCUGCUGAGAUGAGGCAUCUUGCAGAUUUUUUUUUGCCUAAGAUGGUACGGGGCCAAUAAAAUCAUGAAUAAAGAACUGUUAUUGGUCUCUGCUGUGGCAGAUGCUAUCUGUUGGAACCCACUCUGUUGAGGAAAAAAAGCCUAGAAAAACCCAAACUAAGAUUCUGGGUUUUGUUAACAAACUAUUUCUGGUAGAAAAAAACUCUUUGAACUGGGUCUUCUGUGUAAGUGGGUAGCUGAUUUAGAAGGUAGGAUGUUAGCGCUUCUAGACAAAAGGACAGUUGGGUUUCAUGAGUGUUUCUGUGCUUGUAUUCAGUCUGUACACUUGUUCUCACGCAUGUCUAACCUAAUUUACCUUCUACCUAUAACCUACCUUAUUACCAUGUGGCUUUUAAUUGGCAGCCACUCAGCCAUUUCUAGGCAGGUACUAUUACCUUUCAGAACUUAACAUUGGUAGGUAUAAAAAGAUUACCUGAGGACAAGAUCUUUUACUGCAUACCAGCCAUUUUCUUCUUUCUCCCUUUUGAGGUCUUGCACUUGUACCUCAUACCCAGCAACAGGUAUUGGGACAUAGAGCACAGCCAAACCCAGCUCUGAAAGGUAAUGCUGCCUGUCAAGGAAGUGAGCUAGUAGCGGCCUUGCAAUUGUGGAUCCUGAGCUCUGCUCUGAGCAGAAGGCAGGUGAUAACUGUACUGAAGGUGUGUCCUUAAGAAAGUGUUCAAAUUAAAAAAGCUGCUGCCUAGUACACUGUGUGGCCUUUUCCUUUGAAUUCCUGGGCUAUGUCCCUCUUCAGACUCAUGAUUUUGGUGCUAAUACUUUAA